CGUAUCGAGGAGAGAAGGGGCCAAAGAGCGAGAAAAAACGCGCGCGCGUCGCGUUCGCAACCGAGCGGUGGCGACUGGCGACGGCGGCCCGUGGAGAGCAGCAACACGCAGUCCGGCGAGUACCGCGCGGCGCUGUAGAUUCGACUUUCGACCGGUGAUCGUGACGGACGCUCUGCAAUAAUAUAAUAUAAUAUUAUAAUAUUAAUGACAUUUGUGCACCUUUUCGUUACCUUUUUCUCUCCAUUUUCAUUAUUGUAUUUUAUCGUUUUUCAUUCGUUCGAUUGUUUUUUUUUUUAUUUUUAUUUUUGUUAAAUACGCCAAUGCUCGCUAUAUUUCUCAUUGUCCACAAUAUAUAUAUAUAUAUAUAUAACGAUUAAAUUAAUAUAAUAUCGUGAUUGAUUAUUUUCCAUCGGUAAUAAUUUACAAAUAAUUACAAUAUAAUAUUAUUAUUGUUACAUUAUACAUUAUAUACAUACAUCGUGUGUUUACGUACCUGACCGCGAUAUAUAUUUCAUCCGCGUGUACAAUAUUAUACCAUAUAACCAUCGUAAAUCGCAAUAUUUCACUAUAUAUUAUAAUAUAUAAAUUAAAUAUCAUAUUGUGUCACGGUGUUCCGCGGCGGGCAUGGAUUGCAAGAAAAUAACGAUUAGAAAAGCUCCGCGCACGUUGCAGUAGAUAGGUCAAGCAAUGGGCCUCGAUGGGGCCAAGGCGUUAAUGGUUUUUAUUCUUUACGCGUUGAGGCUUCAACAGAAGGCUCACGCAGACAUAAAAGUGGGCAACGCCAUCAAUGUAUUUAAUCGCUAUGGGUACUUUAGCAUAAGUAUGAGAGUGGUUCCCAGAAACGACACUGAUCAUUCAUGGAUAUUCAGAGAACCUACGGUAGACGUGUUUACGAAUCUACCGGAAAAACAAAGCCUCAAAAGAAGCAUAGGAGGAGGUGGUCAAGUCUUCGAAGGGGACUUCCACAUGGAAUUUUGUGAUAACGUAAAACAAUUAUUACAAGCCUACUUUAGAGAUUUUUCCGUAGAAAGGCUGGAGAAACCGUGGCAGGCGUUUACGGGCAGCUGGUCCAAAUUUACGUUAGCUAGAAAUUUAGGUUUAGACGUGUCUUAUGUAACCGGCGAUCAUUGUUAUGUUCUCGUCAGGGUGGCUAGGCAUAGGGAGACUGCCAAUUUAGCAAUGGAUAUGGAGAGCACCGACCUUCACGAGCCAGUGGCCAAACAGGUGGCCUCUGUUAAUGUCGGCGAUAGUUUGUCGGUCAUUGAAUUCGUCAGGAGUUUUGGAUCUCAUUACGUGACGUCAUAUGUCACAGGCAAUUCUCUCUAUCAAGUGUAUGUAUACGCUCCAAACGCUUACAAAGUAAUUAAAGAACGUUUAAAAACAAAAGGCGUGUCACAGAUCUCUAACCAAGAGUUGAUUGGAUAUUUUUCACCAUGGUAUGCAGAACAUGUGGGUAAAAUACAAUCAGCUAGUGGUAAUGCAACUGUUGAAAAUUGGGCACACCAAAGGCUAAGAGUGAAAUUUUUUGUCUUUGGGUUCGCCUCAUUACUGAAAUUACAUGGAGACACGAAACUGUUAAGUGAACUGAAUGGAAUGUUAGGCAAUGAAGCAUUACUUAAACUUGACUUAAAAACCUUGGCGCCGGCUUUUAAGGAUAUUCAAAAACGAGCUUGGUUCCACGAAGUUAUGGAUAAUAAUUUAAAACUAUGGGAAGUUAAUAUGUAAUAAAAAUAAUUCCUAAAAUCCCAAUAUUACAAUGUAUUUAUUAUAGUAGUUUUAUUAAUUUGUUAGCAAGGUACCUCCACCUUUUGCUCAAAUGCCAAAUACUAAUGUACCUAAAAUUAUUACCUAUAUAAUAUAUCGUUUUAGUAUGUUUUCUUGUUGAACAACAAGUAUUGUAUUAUAAAUAAUUAUUGAUCAUAUAUAUUUUUAAUAAAGUCUUUAUUUAUAUAAGUUACAAACAA